AUUUUAAAGGAAUAGUUAAAUGGGUUAGACGUUAUAGCGAAUUAUGCCCCCUAUUUCGUCAUAAACAACAGAGCAAGUGCGGUCUAGUGCUCAUUAUACUGACGAGGUGAAAUAUUUGUUAGUAAACAAGAAUUCCUCUCGAAACGAAGAUAAAUGUUAGGAUGACCACACUGAAAUUCAGAAGAAAUUAUCAAGAGAUGUGGUCUUGAGAUGCCUUGCAUGCAAAAUGUGGAUCCCUUUAAGAGGUAGCAGGCAGUUUUAUCUGCCUGCAUCACAGAUAACAGGAGUUGUGAAGAAGUUUUCAGGAGAACAAAUGUACAAAAACAAUCUCUCCCAGGUGUCUCUCUUUUGGUUAACUGUUGGCAAUGGACGUCAGUUAUUUAGAAUAUUUUCAUCUUCCUGUACUUGGCAGCACAGAAAGCAUCACUGCUAUAGCUCUCAUUAUCACGCUCCGUUUACUAUAAGAAAAAUGACGGGCGGUACAUUAGUUUUUCCUCCUCUUUCUCCAUCAGCAAUUACGCCUCUUCCUUUAUGGUCACUGCCUGACACUACGUUUAAGGAGUGUCAUGUGCGGUUGUAUUCUACAAAGCCUCCAAGUCAGCCAUCAACUCCAGUAGAUGAAAACCAAAAUGAGAUACAGACCUUAAAAUCAUCUACCAGUAGUAAAAGUACUACUGCUAUUCAAAACGAUGGAAUCAAAGAGGAAAAGCUGUCUCUUGUCCAGAAAUUCAAGCUUAUGUACAAGCAGUAUUGGUAUGUCUUGAUCCCAGUACAUGUAGCAACAUCUCUUGUGUGGUAUGGCUCUUUCUUCAUCGCUGCCAAAAGUGGUGUGGAUAUUGUUCCAUGGCUGGAAUGGAUAGGAGCUAGUGAAAAAAUUCUAAGUCAUCUUAGAAAUAGUAAUGCUGGGUAUUAUGCUCUUGCUUAUGCCAUGUACAAAAUUGCUACUCCAGCAAGGUACACUGUAACCAUUGGUGGCACAACUCUAUCAAUCAAUUACCUCAAGAAACGUGGCUACAUUAAGCCAGUCCCAUCAUCUGAACAGCUCAAGGAAAUGUAUGAAGCCGUGUGUGGUAAGGUUCAUUCAAUAUUGAAAAGACCUUUCAAGAAGGAGAAAGAUGAGCCAGCAUCACCAACACAUGAUUACACUCCAGUGUAGCUUGAAACAGUUUCAUAGUUCUGUAGGAGAAAGUUGACAUUUGCAUUGUUGCUGGUUUUCAUCAAACCAGUUCUGUUAACCCAAAUAAUGUCAGUGCUAGUAACUCGGCCAAUAGGCUGGCUUUUAGUAUUCAUUGAUUGGGUUCCAGAUCUAUCACUUCAUGAUCUGCAGGAAGCAGUUCAUGACUCAUUGCUGACUUUUAAGUAAAAUUAAACCUAUCUAUAAAAUGUUUGAGGUACAGGUCUUAGUAUUCACUGAAGAUGUACACUUGUUGUAGAGAUUAUGAGGCCUUCACAUCACCAAAAUCUUUAAGAAUUCAGAAAAAUCUUUGUCUAUGGAAGGAAAGAUAAUUAAUUUUGUUCUUACCUCAUGUGCAUAACCAUGGCUAAGCAGCAUUAUAUGUAAGAAGUUUUUAUUGUUUAAAGAAUUGUACAUACAAUGAUAGCUAAGUUGAAGUAUUUAUUGUCUUACACUCAAUUGACCAGAAUGCAGUUUUGUAGCUCCAAGAUUGUACUAUUAAGAAGUGGAAAAUUUUGAAUUUUGUUUUACCUAUAAUCAUACACCAAGACGGUACAUUUGUAAUAAUUUUACUUAAUAAUCAACACCUAGUUAAACUUAAUAAAAGCAAUAUCACCUCAAAUCCUUGUAUUGGGUGCCUCCUCUGAUAAUUUGGUGUAUUGUGAACUAUGGAAAUGUUUGGUGUAUGUAGAUAUGUGACAAGUAUAACUGUAAUUAAUCAUAUAAAGUACUGUAUCAAAGAGCACAAAUAUAAGAUCAGAUGGAAAAUACUGUAAACCAAAAAUAUGAUUAAUGAAAAGAGUAUCAAAUAGGGAGUCAUUACUAUUAAACUUGCAGUAGUU